AUGGAAAUCGCUGGAGAUAUCUCUCCUGGCGAAAAGGAGGCUCUUACCAAGGAGUUUCGUGAUCUUGAGGAGAUCAGGGACCGCGAGGCUAAAUCGCGCGCCGUGGUUUUGGAGAUUUUGGGUGACAUUCCAGAUGCUGAUAUCACACCCCCGAAAAACGUCCUUUUCGUCUGUAAACUAAACCCAGUCACAGAAGAAGGAGACUUGAAAAUAAUAUUUUCCAGGUUCGGAAACGUAAAAAAGUGCGACAUCAUCAAGGACUACGUUACCGGAGAUUCGCUUCAGUACGCUUUCAUUGAGUUUGAGACCGAGGCGUCCUGCAACGAGGCUUAUUUUAAGAUGCAAAACGUGCUCAUAGACGAUAGAAGGAUCCACGUCGACUUCUGCCAGUCAGUUUCCGGCUUCUGGAAGCGCUACCACUUUAAGGAGAGCUUUACUCGCAAACGCAGGGAACGAGCCGACUAUCACAGGGGAGACAACAAUCACAGAAACGCAGAGAGGGACGACACACACAGCCGUAAAUUCAGCCGUAGGCCCGACCUUGAGGAUAAAAGGUCGCAUCACAAGCAUGGCGGCAGACACACAACACACGGAAGCAGGGAAGGCAGAUCAGGGACGCGGAGCCCCUCAGAGUCCCCCGGCCGGCGGCAUCGUCGCAUCGCAGGCAGGAGUUCACCCGAUGCACGCAGUGAACGCGAUAGGCGAAGCAGCAGCAGGGACACCUUCGGAAGGAGAAAGGACCAGCGCAGCAACUACGCCAUGAGGUCCGUCAGCCGAGGCAGCAACAGCAGGAGCGAGGACAGCGUCAGAAGCACCAGCAUCAGCCUCGACUCGAGAAUUUCAUACCGCAGCGAUCAUCGCACCCCUGGGAGCAGCAGGCACGGCUCUCGGCCCAGAAGAUCCCGCAGAAGCAGUUCCCAGGGUGCCGAGCAUCGCCGGAGACCGCGCAGGUUUAGACGCAGAGACCGUAGCAAAGACCGGAGCAGAGACCGCUUCAGGAGACACAGAAGCCGCAGCCGCACUCCAAGUAGAGAGCGGCUCAGGAGACACCGGGCCAGGGCCAGUGGCAGGUAG